AUGGCUCCCCCAACCUUCCAAAUCCACUACUUCUCCACGGCCUCCUCCUACACGAAAAAGCAAACAGAAUCCCUUCCCGCUCCCCUCCCACUCUCCAAACUCUUCGAUCUCCUCGAGUCACGAUACCCGGGUAUUAAAGAGAAAGUGCUGGUUAGCUGUGCGGUUAGUGUUGGGUUAGAGUAUGUCGAUGUCGAUGCUGAUGUGGUAAAUGUGGAUGGCAAGGAAAGGAAGGAUGCUAGAGAUGUUCGGAUGAUAGGCCCUGGGGAGGAGGUGGCGAUUAUUCCACCUGUUAGUUCGGGAUAG